AAGAAUUUAGAACGCAAAAAUACUUUAAGGAAAAGUACUGGAUUUAAUAUAAAUUAAAAUAUUAGAAAAAAAGAAUUAUUGUAUAACAUAAAUUUUAAUUUUAAAUACGUUAGACUGCUAUAAGAUACGGAAGAGAUGACUAUUUUAACGAAACCAUCCAAUGAGAAAAAAGGGGAGAAGGUACCACUGCCAUUGGCUUUGGGUGGCCAUGACGAUGCAUCAUCAUUCCGAGGAGGGGCAGCACACGGAAACCUUUUGGGUGCCCACUAUCAGGGAGACAUAGAUGGCGAAUCUAUGGUCUUCAAUCGCCCACCCUCAUGCAUCAAAACUGUGUUGUUAUUUCUAAUUGCUGUCGUAGUCAUGAUGAUGGGCCUACUUGGUGGAUUUACUCUAUAUCGCGCUUAUGCACCCACUACUUCGAAUUUACAUUACCGUGCACUUUGCGAUAUUCCAUAUAUGCACACUGGUAAUAUAACUAUACCGCGUCUAUAUGAAGAACAUGAUGAGCUAGAUUGGCGUAACCUCUUUUCGCGUUUUACAAACUACAACGGGAAUAACGACUUGAGUGAUGAUUUCUUCCGUGAGGAA